GCAUUCGGCGUCUUGAAAUACAUACAAUCUAGAUAGAAGUGGUUGAGUCCUAGUCUUUGCUUGUUGUCACGAAUGGAACCUUUGAAAGCUCACAAACGCAAUCGUUAUUCGGGAACUGUGGUGUUUCGAUUGGUUACUGAGUAUUUCUCUCAACAGAAGAAUGUCAGGGAAGAGACUACAUACAUGACCUCUGACCUGGAAGGGGUCAGCUAAACGUCGUGUCAGACCAGUUCAUGGCUGUUACCUCUUUAAAUGGCUUCGGACAAUUGCCAGUUCCAGCAAGUGUGACAGCUUAUUACACAGGGAAAAUACCCAAAUAUCUUAACUGGACACGGAGCAGAGUCUCCCUUUAACUAGCCGCUGACCUCUGUGACCUUUGUGUUUGCAGGUUCCUGUGAUCAGUGUGAGGAAGUGUUGGGCAAGGUGAAGGACAGGAGUCAGGAGUCGUCCUUCCUGUGUAUGGACAUUGCAGUCACCGUCCUCAACAACAAACCAUACAAGAAAAAGGUGAAAGAGGAGAGGAAAAGAGAGAGGGUGAACAAGUUGGAGGAACUUGUCAAGAAGGUGACUGCACUGAGGAACUCAAAGGGAGGCAUCCUGCUCGUGCACAUCACAGGACUUGAUAGAGGAGACAGGUUUCUGGGAUACUUUGACGAAUUUGUGGAUGAGAAGUUAAAUAAGCUGAUCGAAGACGGGAAACAGUUUGUUGAUACCUACAGUCGUGUGUGGUUGUCCGAUGAACUGGAAUUCGCUGCAGCGAACAGUUUCGUGUGUCUGACGGUAAAAUCAUCCUCAAGUAUAUCCACCACCGACUUCAAGACAAAGAUUCCUUUGGACAGUGCGAUCGAGAAUCCUUCAACUACAAACAUCCUCUCCCUUCUAGCCCAAAGAAGGAAGUUCUCGGACAGAGACCCUCAGAUCCGAGGUAAUCUCCAAAACCUCGCUCAGCUCAACGAGAGCAGGAACGUACAACUCAAAGCAUUCUUGGUGGAAACCAAAAAACGCGAGGAACUUCUGAAGAACGUUAGUUCGUUGUGUGAUUACAUCUGGAGGGACCUGAGGCUCCGUGAGUACAUCAGUGCCUUUACCAAGGUGGAAUCGGGGGGAUCAUUUUUUCUUGGAAUCGAAGAAAAGGAAUUGGGAUCCAAACAUGGAGACUAUUUUACGAAGAUCGUGCAAGUCCACGGCGUUCCUCUGCCAGUGAAUGUCCAUGGUCCUCUGAAAGACAGGAUUGUCGACGUUGUGAAUCAGAAUCUUCUUAUCUGUAAUUACGACGGAGAAAAGAUUCAAAUCCCAAACAAUUUCGUGGAGAUUGUUUUCCACAACGCCAGUGAGUACACUCGGAACAACAGAGCAAACACCGACGUCGACGUCUACGUCGUCGAAGUCUCCGUCAAGCAGACUACUGGGAUCGUGUUUUACGAGAACUCGGGUCCCAAGUCGUUUCUGCUGGAUAAGAACGGAAUUGUCCCUGUGGACGGGAAGAGGUGGUUCAGGAUGAUCAGAAAACUCACAGACAUUUUCAAAGAAAAGAAGUAGAAGAUGGAAGGAUGUGGUCCAGUGACGCAGGACGCUGGGGACGACGUCGUGGACGCUGGAUUCAUCGUCGACAUGACGGCCCGGGUACAGGAGGGGAAUUGUCGCGCUUUCGAGCUUCCCAGCAACGACCCGUUUCUGCCGAAGCUGCACCAGAUUGGAAACUCCCUCGACGACAUUGCCAGUCACUUAACGCCCAAAGGCGGUGUGAGCUUUUACCCCCGGAAUAUGGGCAAGAAUCCCUCUACACUGGUGAAGAGCCUGUGCUCCCGGAUAGAAGAGAAAUACACCUCAGAUGAACAGAGUUUGGUGUAUCUUGCUAACUCCCUCUCUGUCACCAUCAAUAUCCCCAUACAAAAGGUGCCCCAGCAAGUCGUCUGUGACGUGUGUAUCGUGUCACAAAGCGCGCCUGUCGUUGUCAUGACGCUCGUCGGGAAAAAUUCGGAAGCACCCGAGCUCGUUGACUAUAACCUCCAGAUUACCAAGGGCUUCGUGUCUCAGGUCCGUAACUUUACCGACGAACACUUCAGUGCCCUGUAUGGUGUUCUUCAGGAGAGUGACCUCGCGUCUGAGGCCUCCUUUCAGACUGCCAUUGAGAGAAUUCGGUCCCAUUCAUCCUCUUUCUGUAUCCCCGACUCGUUAAGCAUGAACGAAGAGAAAUUUAGGGACAUUGUAAAAGCCCUAGCGGCUUCAGUAGCGGUAUCCAAGGCAUUACAGGUGAUCAAGUCCCCCGCACCGGAAGCUGUGGAUGAGGCAGACUUUGAGGACGAAGAGGAGGGGGGUCUGUGGUUACUUACAAAGGAUCAGUUUGUGCUGCUGACGGAGAAUAUCGACACCUCUGGAAUGGUAGUGGUGUGGGCAUCCACACAUACGGGUUCCAGCACUCUCCUCAUGGAAGUCGCGAGCAGGCUUCAACAAAGCGGGAACACCCUGCUGGUGUCAGGGUCAAAGGCUGUAUGCGAAUCUGCAAGACACAACCAGGUAUGCUACCGGGUGGUGAGCAGCGCUGAUUUCCUGCAGCUGCAGGCGAAUAUCGGCGGGAUGCUUGCUGAGUUCGAGCAUAUCGUUGCAGAGGACAUUCCCGAGGUGAUGCUACAUGGUGCCAGGAAUAGUCACGUGUGGCUCUGCAUGAAGGUCAAAGAAAACACAACUCCGAAAGGCAACGCCGCGUCUCCGAAAUCUCCAGUCUUCGUAUCCAUGAACGGCCGCCCCCCCUUAAGCCCCACGACAGCAACGGCGGUGGCAGGUAAAGACCCCGUUUACAGAACCACCAUCAGCUUCAGCCUCCCUGUGGACACCCAUGAACCAUGGGUAUACGAUUUCACCGUCGUCACGGACAAUAACAAGAAGGUCAUUGUGGCAAUAGACCGUCCCAACUGCAGGAUCAAAUGUUUCUAUACAGAAGACGGGGAAAUACGUACCAGUUACCUGUCUGUUGACAAAGACACUACGGGGAUUACAAACAUUGACAACAGGGUUGCCCUCACUGUACCCAAAUCACGCCUCAUCCGGGUCAUCAGCGUCAUCCCUGACCUUCACCCUCACAGUAUCAUUCCUACUCAGAGACGUUACUAUGACAUCGCGACUUUGGGCUUCCAGAAGAUGGCUGUGAGUGCGCCCCUUGAUGGCCGGCCUUGUGUCGACAUCAUUGACUACAGCGGGAACAUUCUCAAAUCCAUCGCCACCUACGACGAGGGUCAGACUUUGUUCAACCAUCCUCUCACCGUUCAGACCAUCUUCCCGAAUAAGGUUCUUGUUUAUGAUAAACACAACGGCUCCAUUGUGUGUGUAUCCGAGCGAGGCCAGUUGUUGUUCAGAUAUAUUCACGAGAGGAAACUUGAAAACCCGUGUGGGAUGACCGUGACGCCAGCCGGUGACAUCUUGGUGGCCGACUCGCGACAACAUCGCGUCAUCCACAUCAACCAAGAGGGGAAGUUCAUGAGGAACAUUCUGACCCGCCCCAACGGCAUGGUCUUCCCCUACCGCGUCUGCUGCGACGGCACGGGUGUGCUUUAUGUCGCUACUCAUUACAAGGAGGUCAAACUGUACGAGUUUAAGUGAUAUGUUGCAGCAACGAGGCCCAGUAUGCUGUUUGUUUGUUCUUUAACGCCGCACUCAGCAAUAUUACAGCUUUAUGACGGCGCUCUAUUAAUAAUCGAGUUUGGACCAGACAGUGAUUGCCACCAUGCGCAUCGAUCUACGCAACUGGAA